AUGGAAAUACAAUUGGACCUCAGCGCGUUAUCGUUUGUUGAUGUUGAAUAUUUUAUAAGAUCAUGUCCUGUGGAUAGGGCAUUUGCCGAGCCCAGUUUUGACGUUGUGAAUAAGUUUCUCAUCACUAAUAAGGACAUAUUUUGCGCAACAGAAAUUUUCAAUACCUCUGGUAUCGAUAAUUCAGAGAAAGACCCUAAAAUGGUUACCACAUUAAAUCUUAGAGGAAUUGAGUACAAAGGUAUUACCAAAGAAAGUUGUGAGGAAGCUUUUUUUUUCUCCAAGUGUCUGUGUCUUAGUCUGGAUGAAUGUCUGAGAAUUAUAACUCAAAUUAAGCAAAAGAGACAUAGUGAAAUUCCACAAAUGCAACUGGCAAAGUACAUCUUUCAAGAAAGAAAUGCUACUUUAAAGACAAUUUCGCUACUAUUAGACAGUGUAGGAUCUAGUGAGCUCUCUGAUGAGCCCAUAAAUUUCGUUUUAAAAAAUAAAUUGAAAAUAUGCGAAAGUUUGAUUGGCACAUUAAACAAGCUAUUGCAGGAAGUCGGUGAAGACAAGUGUAUUCAGUGGAAAAACUUGAACGCACAGGAAAGAAAAAAUCUGUUGCAACUGAAAAAUACCCAAAAUCUCAUAUAUGUAGUGAACAUUUUGCGAUUACUAACAAUGUUGGUUUUGAAUGUUCAAUUACCAGUUGGCAUAGUAAAAAGUUGGUUCCACCUCUUAAGAGAUACCAGGGAAAAUGUAUUUUUUAUGCUAGAUCCAAGCUCUUUGAUUCCUAAUCCGGUUUCAGUGAAAAUUGAAUCACUAAUAACUAUAAACACGUUACUGAUUCUAGGAUUAAACAGCACAAGUUCAACUAUUGACGUCGAGACACCUUACUAUAAAGAUGAAGAAUGCUUUCAAGAAAUACAUAAGACGCUAGAACAGAAUCACAUUAGUCCUGUAAUAAUUUAUAUGUGGUCUUUUGUAUUAUUUGUCAAAUCAUUCACAUUGGAGGAAGAACCGGAAAGGGAGUUGAAUUUUGUUGGAAAAGUAUUUGGGAAAAUACCAAUAUCGGAGUUAACUGCUUUAUUCGCCUCAAGGGCUGAACAAGCCGGUGUUUUUGAAGCCAUUAUAGGCAUGUCAAAAUCUCUCUCAAAUGACAAGUUCAGUUCAGUGAUCAUUGCAUCUUUCCUCUCAUUUGCUAUGCACUUCAUACCUCUUACUGUGCAGACCUCGAGGGUUAUUAAGACUGUUUUGCUUAGUAUCCCGGAAGAGUUUGUUGAACAAUUCCUGACAAGCUCCGAGUUUGAAAAGAAAUUGUCCAUUUUGAAGGCCAAGUUACCCAUGAUAGAUGAUGCCCUUCUUCCUCUAGUCAACAUCAGCACAGCGCAUAUUCAUUUUGCCAAUUUCGAAUGGAAAAAUCUACAAACUUACACCUGCAAACAAAAGCUUGGUGAGCUAGAUUAUGACAUUGUUGAUGAUGAUCCCGUUUCGCUGGACAUGGACGUGAUUGUCUUGAAAAAAGAAGCUUUUGCACAUCCUCCAUUAGAAUUUGACCAAACAGUGCUGAUGCCCAUUCCUGAAGAAACUCGAGGGAAAAUUCUGCCCGUUUCGGGAAACAAUGAAGAUGUUAUUGCCUUUAUUUACGCGUAUAAUGGAUGGACAGUGCUUGGACGCAUGCUGCAAAACAUUUGUGAUUACUAUGUUGGAGGUGGAAUUGAGCUGGAAAACACUAUAAAGGAUAUUACAGUUGCUUUGAUAGAACUUGUGUCGAAAGUGGUCUCUCCAAAGAUACCUUUGGAACGCUCAAUGGAAAUAGUUCAAUACUUAUCAACGAAUGUCGCAGACGAAGACGUCCUUUCGCUAAUACUUAAAAUUUUUGAGCAUUCUCUGCACAACAGAAAUUACGAAGUAAUAUCAGUCUGCUCAGACUUUCUUACUUCACUGACGCCUAACUACCAGCAUUAUGUUUGGUCUCACCUCGCUCGUUCAGACUUAUUAGAUAAAUAUGGGAAAACGGGACUUGCGACUGCAACCUUGGGUUCAAUUGAAUUACCAUAUGGGGAGUACUCAUUCACUUUAUCAUUAAUUAAGUUGACCGAGGAAGUAACCGCAGAUUCAUUUUCUAUGGAUAACGAAUUUUCGUCUAAGACCAAAAUGGAUAUGCUUGAACGACUAAUUACACAGCUGAUAGAUAUUUCAGAAAGUUAUCAAUACUGGAAAUAUAGCGAUAUUAAUCAGAGAUUUGAGAUAGGUUUCCGCCUCAAUUCGCUAUUUUCGAAAGUCCUCUACAACGUUUAUGCCAUUGAUCCCCUGUCAGCACCAAAACAGAAAGUUGCGAGCAUCUUGAGCGGAUGUAGUCUCAAAAUUUUAAAUGCAUAUCUGACACCUCAGUCGCCAGACGUCCCUGCGGUUAGUUCUCUUUUGAACGCACUCCUUUCAAUCCAAAAUAUUCAGAUUUCUCUUUUGGGAGACCAGGCUUUUAGCCCUAUUUUUACACAAUUGGUCAAGAGUUCUUUCGAGCUAGCUACGUUGUUGAUCUCUAUUCGAGGACAGCUCAAAAUGAAGCCGAGCUGCUUGGAAAGAUUGAUAUACACAAAGUCGCCGGAACUGGUCGAAAUCUACUGCCAGUUCUCAACUCUCAAGCGCCACGUUAUAAGGCUCUUCCACUCAGUCGUUAGAGUUCCAUGGACUGAUAAUUAUUUGUUUCUUCUCUCUUAUCUUGGAGCAAAACACUCCGAUAUAUUUUUAGAUUCAAUCUCCUCAGAUUUAGAAGGCCCACUUGCGAAUCAUAAACUGUCCAAAGAUUUAUAUAAAUUCUUCGGCGCCCUCAUGGAGAGUAAACAAGAUGGAUUAUCUAUUUUGUUUUUGACAGGAAAUAUUGCCUCCAGGUCAAACCAAGACCCAGUUGAUAAGCCCCGAAAGAGGAAGUCUGUAUUAAGUGUUUUAAAAGAGAAUGCUUUAAAGCUUGAUCUUCUUCCUGAAUCAGUUGGAUGUUGCCUGCUGGACUCAAUAUCAUAUGCAUUCAAUACAUGGGCAAAUGCGAGGGAUUCGAAAGCAGACGAGAAAUUCAUUCUUGCGCUGCUAAAAAGGGUUAAAGAUUUCAAGCCAGUAAGCGCCAGCUCGGAAGAAGAAAUGAUGUUGGCAGCAGGAAGAUAUAAAUUAAUUUCUUGCAUACUAGAAAUUAUUGCACUUUACCUGUUUACAUCCACGGAUAUUGACUCUCAUAUUUUCCAACUCCUAAACCAACCAGACCUAGCUGUUCUGUUAGGUCCCUUUUUUAAUAUAAAUGGUUACAACAGGCAUUUGCAUGAGUCUUUGCACCAAAUGUUCGAAAAAAAAUGGCCAAAGUUGAAGCUAUCGAAGUUUUGUGCCUCCCAUCUUUAUCAGCUGGAUGUAUUUUCCCUUGAUAGCAUCUUCGCAAUAUCCUUAAUGGAUCAGUACUUUGGAGACGACGAAAAAUGGAUAGGUACAAAAGAGGAUAGAGGUUACAGAGCUGAAGUCAUAGCAGCUUCUAUUAACUUGAAAUAUGUUAACUGCCAAAUAGCUGCCGCUAAAGCAUGGGGAGCACUACUGACAACUUUCAUAAAGAAAACAACGAAGCGUCUUAAUGAUACUUUUCUGGACCUUGCCUCAAAUUUUUUGAAACUAAACAUUGAGUCAGGGAUAGAAGCAUCGAUAUUUACCGAUGUCUAUUGUGAGAGGCUCGAACUAUGUUUUUACAUCUUAUAUUCCUUUCAAAAGAAAUCCGAGCCUAUCCCAGAGAAAACUCUUCACCAUAUUUUAAGUCUAUUGACAUCUGUUUUCAAAUCGGAGGAAGUGCGUUAUAUCCAUAACGUGUCCCACUCUACAAAGAGAGACUACUAUAGACCUAUCCUACGUUCAGUUUUACUGGUUUUGGGCUCCGUCACCACAGGAACUCAUUUCCUUGAAUUGGAAGCUGAUCAGCUCUUGGAGUUUUUCGAAAUAUCAUUUUGCAAAGGCGUACAGUUGAUAGUAUCAGAGAUUCUUUGCGAUAUAGGCUCGUCCACUUCAAAUGGAAAACAGGUUGUAAUUUUCAACAUCGGAGAGCGUAUCCAAGAUCUCUUUUUAUUGUUAUCUCUCUUCACCAAGAUACGAACUUUGAAUCCAACUGCUAAUUUCAAUAUAAUCAUGGCAUCAUCACUAAACGAAUCUGGCACGCUAAAAGCUGUUUUGAAUUUAUACUCAAGCUCUCACCUUUUCAAUGUCAAUAGUGAGGCUAUUCUGGGAUCCCUUAUCUUAUCAUUUAUCUCAGAAUUAUGCACCGUUGAUCCUAUAGCCACAAAAUUCAUCAACAGCGGUCUUUUCGCAACCUUACUUGAAAGUCCACUUUCCAUCGCUAUACAAGAUGGCGGAAUCAAACUGGAGCAGCAAGGCAGUCUGCAUAGCAUAUGGACGAAUGGCUUACUUUCCAUCAUUUUGCUUUUAUUAAGCAAGUUUGGAAAUAAGCUUUUGCCGGAAUGUUGUUUGUUCAUCUCUUACUUUUCUAAGCAGAUCGAAACAGCGAUAUACAGAUGGUCUGAUAGUAAGCUUGCAGUUUCAACAGCGCUUAUAAGAGAGACCAGUCAACUUAUUCUUUUACAAAAAAUCCUGCAGAAUCUCAAUUAUCAAAAGUAUCUGUCGAACUCAGGGAACAUAAUCAGCUUGACAGACGAAAAUUCAGAAGUUGAACUGGUUAUUGGCUUAGACACAGAAGAAGCAAGGAAAUCACUAAAUAUUGCACUCAAGCGUUUGCUUACACAUCCGAAGUAUUUAAAUUCCAGGGUCGUCGCAACUACAAUAGAGGAGCAACGACUCUUGGAUGACGAUGCAAAGAGAGGAGAUUUUGUAAGAGAAGUGUCGAAGAAUAUAGAGGAAAUGCAAGCAUCACUUCUGGAUGAUUAG